CGGAGCACAAUGAACAGCGAAAUCAGCUGUUUUUGACCGCAAACAGAAAAUAUAGAAAAUUCAGAAUGAGCUGCCCAAACAGCUGUUUAAUAUUUAUGUAGUGCAUUUAACUUCAAAUAAAAUGACAAAAUUACCGCAAACUGCAUUAAAUUUGAAGCAGUUCAUGCUUCGUCAGGAGGUGCUUAAGCUAUAUCGUGAAAUAUUUCGCACCAUAAGACUGGUGCCCGACAAAAGUAACCAGCGCGAGUUACGUGACUGGGCGCGUCACGAUUUUCGCACACAUAGCGGACAAACAGAUGAAUUGGCUAUUAAAAUGAUGCUGCAAUACGGACGUAGAAGUCUUACUGAGCUGCAGACAAGCUUGGAUCUGAGUGGCAUAAGUAAGGAGAAAGCAAAUAGCGCAGUAGCGCAGGAAAGUAAGAGAACACACAGUGAAGAAAUCAAAAGUUAAGGGAAAAACGGUACUAGGGCUAUAAAAGAGUUUACUGACGAAUACAUUGCAACCUAAUCACUGGAAAAAUAAGCUGUAUAACUACAAAAAUAGAAAAUAAAACACCUUCUCAUUUAAUUUAA